CCGCUCAGUGCUCCAGGCUCCAGUCUCCGCAGGCUGCAGGCUGCGGCAGGAUUGUCUGCUCUGUCCUGGAGAGUCCAGACCCUCUGCCCGGGCGGGCGAGGCUGCGGGGAGACACUGAGACCCAGGGAGAGGAAAACAUGCUUCUGGUCUGACAGAACUGAAUCCGAAAGCCAGGGACACCCGCCUUCAGGUCUGCUCAGGGUUCAUACUUGGUGCUUAGACAAAUUCAAAAUGAGGAGACAUCGACAUUUGCCCUUUGUGGCCGCCUUUUGCCUCUUUCUCUCAGGCUUUUCCACGACGUACGCACAAGCAGAUGUCAAAAAUGGUGCUGCUGCCGAUAUUAUAUUUCUAGUGGAUUCCUCUUGGAGUGUUGCGAAGGAGCAUUUCCACCUGCUUCGAGAAUUUCUGUAUGAUGUUAUAGAAUCUUUAGUUGAGGGAGAGAGUGAUUUCCAUUUUGCUCUGGUCCAGUUCAACGGAGACCCACAUACUGAGUUCCUGUUAAAUACGUAUCACACUAAACAAGAAGUCCUUUCCCAUAUUGCCAACAUGUCCUAUAUUGGGCCCAGCAAUCGGACCGGAAAAGGAGUAGAGUACAUAAUUCAGCAGCACCUCACUGAGGCUGCCGGAAGCCGGGCCACGGCCGGAGUCCCCCAGGUGAUCGUAGUGCUAGCCAGUGGACACCUGGAGGACGGCUUCGCUCUGCCCUCAGCGGAACUUAAGUCAGCCGGCCUGAACGUGUUUGCAGUUGGAGUUGAGCAUGCGGACGAAGGCGCCUUAAGAGAAAUAGCAAGUGAACUGCCCAAUGCGCAUGUUUUCAACCUAGAGAACUUUACCUCCCUUCAUGACAUAGUGGGACACCUAGUGUCCAGUGUGUACUCAUCUGUGAGUCCUGCAAGGGCUGGGGACGUGGAGACCCUUAAGGACGUCACAGCACAAGACUCUGCUGACAUUAUUUUCCUUAUUGAUGGAUCAAACUACACCGGAAGUUCCCAUUUUGCAGUCAUUCUCAACUUCCUUGUAACUUUCCUUGAGAGACUCCCAGUUGGACUUCAGCAGAUCCGGGUGGGGGUGGUCCAGUAUAGCGAUGAGCCCAGAACCAUGUUCUCCUUGGACACCUACUCCUCCAAGGCUCAGGUUCUGGAUGCGGUGAAGGACCUCAAGUUCAUUGGUGGGGAGUUGGCUAACAUCGGCCAGGCCCUUGACUUUGUGGCGGAGCACCACUUCACCCGGGCAGGGGGCAGCCGGGUAGAGGAAGGGGUCCCCCAGGUGCUGGUCCUCAUAAGCGCCGGGCCUUCUAGCGACCAGAUCCACGACGGGGUAGUAGCUCUGAAGCAGGCUAGUGUGUUCUCAUUCGGCCUCGGAGCCCAGGCCGCCUCCAGGGCAGAGCUUCAGCACAUAGCUACCGAGGAAAGCUUGGUGUUUACGGUCCCGGAAUUCCGUAGCUUUGGGGACCUCCAGGAGCAGUUACUGCCGUACGUUGUUGGUGUGGCCCAAAGACACAUUGUGUUACAACCGCCAACCAUUGUCACACAAGUCAUUGAAGUCAACAAGAGGGACAUAGUCUUCCUGGUGGAUGGCUCUUCCAAACUGGGGCUGGCCAACUUCAAUGCCAUCCGAGACUUCAUUGGCAAGGUCAUCCACAGGCUGGAAAUCGGACAGGACCUUGUUCAAGUGGCAGUGGCUCAGUAUGCAGACACUGUGAAGCCCGAGUUCUACUUCAACACCUACCCCAGCAAAAGGGAAGCUGUGAAUGCCGUGCGGAGAAUGAAGCCCAUGGACGGCCCAGCCCUGAACACGGGCUCUGCCUUGGACUUCGUGCGCAGCAACCUGUUCACCAGCUCGGUGGGCUCCAGGGCUGCCGAGGGGGUCCCUAAACUCCUGGUGCUGAUCACGGGUGGUAAGUCCCUCGACGCCGUUAGCCAGCCCGCCCAGGAGCUGAAGAGAAGCGGCAUCCUGGCCUUUGCCAUCGGGAACAGGGUCGCUGACCAGGCCGAGCUGGAAGAGAUUGCCUUCGAUUCUUCCCUGGUGUUCAUCCCUGCUGAGUUCCGAGCCGCCCCCUUGCAAGCCAUCCUGCCUGGCCUGCUGUCUCCUCUCAGGACCCUCUCAGGAACCACUGAAGUUCACGUAAACAAAAGGGAUAUCAUCUUCCUUUUGGACGGAUCAGUCAACGUUGGAAAAACCAACUUCCCUUAUGUGCGAGACUUUGUAAUGAAUCUAGUUAGCAGCCUUGAUGUGGGAAGUGACAACAUCCGUGUCGGUUUAGUGCAGUUUAGUGACACUCCCGUGACGGAGUUCUCUCUAGACACAUACCAGACCAAGGCCCAGUUGCUCACUCACCUGCGGGGCCUGCAGCUGCAGGGUGGCACGGGCCUGAACACAGGCUCCGCCCUCGGCUACGUCCAGGCCAACCACUUCACCGAGGCUGGUGGCAGCAGGAUCCGCGAACACGUGCCGCAGCUGUUGCUCCUGCUCACGGCCGGGCAGGCUCAGGACUCCUAUUUGCAAGCCGCCAACCAGCUGGCGCGCGCGGGCAUCCUGACCUUUUGUGUGGGGGCCAGCCGGGCAAAUAAGGCAGAGCUCGAGCAGAUUGCCUUUAACCCAAGCCUGGUGUACCUCAUGGAUGAUUUCAGCUCCCUGCCAGCCCUGCCGCAGCAGCUGAUUCAGCCCCUGACCACUUACGUUAGUGGAGGGGUGGAGGAAGUGCCACUCACCCAGCCAGAGAACAAGCGAGACAUCCUUUUCCUCUUUGAUGGCUCUGCCAACCUUGUGGGCCAGUUCCCCACUGUCCGCGACUUUCUCUACAAGAUCAUCGAGGAGCUGGACGUGAAGCCUGAUGGGAUCCGUGUGGCUGUGGCUCAGUAUAGCGAUGAUGUCAAGCUGGAGUCCCGCUUCAAUGAGCAUAUGGCCAAGCCCGAGAUCCUGAACGUGGUGAAAAGGAUGAAGAUCAAGACCGGGAAAGCGCUGAACCUGGGCUAUGCCCUGGACUUCGCCCAGAGGUACAUCUUCGUGAAGUCCAUGGGCAGCCGCAUCGAGGACGGAGUGAUGCAGGUCCUGGUGCUGCUGGUGGCGGGGAGGUCGUCGGACUCUGUGGACGUGUCAGCGAGAAACCUGAAGCAGAGCAGCGUGGUCCCGUUUGUCUUCCAAGCCAAGAACGCCGACCCCGCCGAGCUGCAGCAGAUCGUGCUUUCGCCUGCCUUCAUCCUGGUGGCGGAGUCGCUCCCCAAGAUCGGAGAUCUGCAGCCACAGAUUGUGAACCUCCUAAAGUCGGUGUACAGCGGAGGCCAGCCGCCAGCUUCAGGUGAGAAGGACGUGGUGUUCCUGAUUGAUGGCUCUGAGGGCGUCCGCAGCGGCUUUGGGCUACUGAAGGACUUCAUGGAGCGCCUAGUGCAGAGCCUGGAUGUGGGCCCCGACCGUGUCCGGGUCGCCGUGGUGCAGUACAGCGACCGCACCCGGCCCGAGUUCUACCUGAACUCCUUCAUGGACCAGCAGAGCGUUAUCAGUGCCAUCCGCAGGCUGAGUUUGCUGGGUGGGCCGACGCCCAAUACUGGGGCCGCCCUGGACUUUGUCCUGAAGAACAUCCUGACCAGCUCGGCGGGGAGCAGGAUGGAGGACGGCGUCCCCCAGCUCCUGAUCGUGCUCACGGCUGAGAGGUCUGGGGACGACGUGAGGGGCCCCUCGGCGGUGCUGAAGAGGGGCGGGGCAGUGCCCAUGGGCAUCGGUAUCGGCAAUGCCGACAUCUCGGAGAUGCAGACCAUAUCCUUCAUCCCAGACUUUGCAGUGGCCAUCCCCACCUUCCGGGAGCUGGGCACCGUGCAGCAGGUCAUCUCCGAGAGGGUGACCCAGCUCAACCGCGAGGAGCUGAGCAGGCUGCAGCCCAUUUUUCUGCCCCCACCAAGCCCAGGUGGUGCCAAGAGGGAUGUGGUUUUCCUCAUUGAUGGGUCUCAGACCGCUGGCCCGGAGUUCCAGUACAUCCGCAGCUUCAUCGAACGGCUGGUGGACUACUUGGAUGUGGGCUUUGACACCACGAGGGUGGCAGUCAUCCAGUUCAGCGAGGACCCCAAGGUGGAGUUCCUGCUCAAUGCCCACUCCAGCAAGGACGAGGUGCAGAACGCUGUGCGGCGGCUACGGCCCAAGGGCGGCACGCAGGUCAACGUGGGGAGCGCCCUGGACUAUGUGUCCAGGAACAUCUUCAAGAGGCCUCUGGGCAGCCGCAUAGAAGAGGGCGUCCCCCAGUUCCUGGUGCUCAUCUCCUCAGGGAAGUCUGCCGACGAGGUGGCUGAUGCGGCAGUGGAGCUGAAGCAGUUUGGCGUGGCGCCUUUCACGGUGGGCAGGAAUGCGGACCAGGAGGAACUGGUGAAGAUCUCACUCAGCCCUGAGUACGUGUUCUCUGUCAGCACCUUCAGGGAGCUGCCCAGCCUGGAGCAGAAGCUGCUGACGCCCAUCACCACCCUCACGGCCCAGCAGAUCCAGCAAAUCCUGGCCAGCACCCACUACCCUCCGCCAGAGAGUGACGCAGCUGACAUCGUCUUCCUCAUUGACACCUCUGAUGGAGUCCGGAGUGAUGGGCUUGCACACAUCCGGGACUUUGUGAGCAGGAUUGUUCAAAGGCUCAACAUUGGCCCCAACAAAGUAAGGAUCGGCCUUGUGCAGUUCAGCAACGAGGUUUUCCCUGAGUUCCUCCUGAAGACCCACAGGUCCCAGGCUGCUGUGCUGGGCGCUAUCCGGCGUCUGAGGUUCCAGGGUGGGGCUCCACUGAACGUAGGCAAAGCUCUGGAGUACGUGGCAAAACAACUCUUUGUUAAGUCUGCUGGGAGCCGGAUAGAAGACGGGGUGCCUCAACACCUGGUCCUACUUCUGGGUGGAAAAUCCCAGGAUGAUGUUUCCAAUUUCGCCCGGAUCAUAAGUUCCUCAGGGAUUGCGAGCUUAGGAAUUGGAAGCCGGAACGUCGACCGAACCGAGCUGCAGACCAUCGCCAGUGACCCUCGGCUGGUCUUCACCGUGCGAGAGUUCCGAGAGCUUCCCAAUAUCGAAGAGAAAGUCAUAGGCUCCUUUGGGUCCUCUGGGGCCACCCCAGCACCCCCAGUAUUCACACCUCCUCCCUCGAGGCCAGAGAAGAAGAAAGCGGAUAUCGUAUUCCUGCUAGACGGUUCCAUCAAUUUCAGGAGGGACAAUUUCCAGGAAGUGCUCCGUUUUGUGUCUGAAAUCGUGGACACGGUUUAUGAAGAUGGCGACUCCAUCCAGGUGGGGCUGGUCCAGUACAACUCUGACCCCACUGACGAAUUCUUCCUGAAGGACUUUUCCUCCAAGAGGCAGAUCAUCGACGCCAUCAACAGAGUGGUCUACAAGGGGGGCCGGCACGCCAACACCAGGGUGGGCCUCCAGCACCUGCAGCUUGCUCACUUCGUGCCUGAGGCGGGCAGCCGGCUGGAGCAGAGGGUCCCCCAGAUCGCCUUCGUGAUCACCGGAGGAAAGUCGGUGGAGGACGCCCAGGAUGUGAGCCUGGCACUCACCCAGAGAGGCGUCAAAGUGUUCGCAGUGGGGGUGCGGAACAUCGACUCCGAGGAGGUCGGGAAGAUUGCGUCCAACAGCGCCACGGCCUUCCGUGUGGGGACCGUGCAGGAGCUGUCGGAACUGAGUGAGCAGGUUCUGGAGACGCUGCACGAUGCCAUGCACGAGACCCUGUGUCCCGGAGUGUCCGACGUGGCCAAAGCCUGUAAUCUGGAUGUGAUCCUGGGAUUUGAUGGGUCCAGAGAUCAGAACAUCUUCGUGGCCCAGAAGGGCUUUGAGUCCAAGGUGGAUGCCAUCCUGAGUAGGAUCAGCCAGAUGCAGGGCAUCAGCUGCAGCGGCGGCCAGAUGCCCACCGUGCGCGUGUCCGUGGUAGCCAAUGCGCCCUCCGGGCCGGUGGAAGCCUUUGACUUCGCUGAGUAUGACCCAGAGCAGUUCGAGAAAUUCCGCAGCAUGCGCAGCCAGCACCCCUACGUCCUCACGGCCGACACGCUGAGGCUGUACCAGAACAAGUUCAGGCAGUCCUUGCCAGACAGUGUGAAGGUGGUCAUUCAUUUUACCGAUGGUGCGGAUGGAGACCUGCGAGAAUUACACAGUGCUUCAGACAUGCUCCGAGAGGAAGGUGUCCAUGCACUGAUCCUGGUGGGCCUGGAGCGUGUGGCCAACCUGGAGCAGCUGACACAGCUGGAGUUCGGGCGAGGCUUCACUUACGACAGGCCCCUUCGGCUCAACCUGCUGGACCUGGAUUACGAGUUGGCCGAGCAGCUGGGCAAUAUUGCUGAGAAAGCCUGCUGUGGGGUUCCAUGCAAAUGCUCUGGAGAAAGAGGAGACCGAGGGCCCAUCGGCAGCAUUGGGCCAAAGGGCAUCUCAGGGGAAGACGGCUACCGAGGUUAUCCUGGUGACGAGGGUGGACCUGGCGAGAGAGGUCCACCUGGUGUGAAUGGCACUCAAGGCUUCCAGGGCUGCCCUGGCCAGAGAGGAGUGAAGGGCUCUCGCGGGUUCCCAGGAGAGAAGGGUGAGCUCGGAGAGAUCGGGCUGGACGGGCUGGACGGCGAGGACGGAGACAAGGGGUUGCCCGGUUCUUCUGGAGAGAAGGGAAGCCCUGGACGAAGGGGUGACAAAGGACCUAAGGGAGACAAGGGAGAGAGAGGAGACGUGGGCAUCCGAGGUGACCCGGGUGACUCAGGACGGGAUAGUCAGCAGAGGGGACCCAAAGGAGAGACCGGUGACAUCGGCCCCAUGGGUCUCCCUGGGAGAGAUGGCGUGUCCGGAAGUCCUGGAGAGCCUGGGAGGAACGGCGGCUUUGGCCGAAGGGGACCCAUGGGAGCUAAGGGAAACAGGGGCGGUGCUGGCCAACCGGGCUUCCCAGGAGAGCAGGGCACCAGAGGCGCACAGGGCCCCCCAGGCCCCACUGGACCCCCAGGCCUGAGUGGGGAGCAAGGCAUCCCUGGAUCUCGGGGAGGCGGAGGAACUGGUGGGGCUCCUGGAGAUCGCGGCAGAAUUGGCCCCUUGGGAAGGAAGGGUGAGCCUGGGGACCCAGGACCCAAGGGAGGACUGGGGAGCCGCGGCCCUCGUGGAGAGACGGGAGACGACGGGCGAGAUGGAGUGGGCAGCGAAGGUCGCAGAGGCAAAAAGGGAGAAAGAGGAUUCCCGGGGUACCCAGGGCCGAAGGGUGUGCCUGGUGAGCCUGGAGUGGAAGGAGCGCCAGGACCCAAGGGCGUCAGAGGGCGAAGGGGAGACUCAGGAGCUCCUGGAACAGUUGGACAGAAGGGAGACCUCGGCUACCCGGGGCCGUCUGGUCACAAGGGCAACCGUGGAGACUCCAUCGAUCAAUGCGCCCUUAUCCAGAGCAUCAAGGAUAAAUGCCCCUGCUGCUAUGGGCCUCUGGAGUGCCCCGUCUUCCCCACGGAGCUCGCCUUCGCCUUGGACACUUCAGAGGGCGUCACCCAGGACACCUUCAGCCGCAUGAGAGACAUGGUCCUGAGCAUCGUGGGCAACUUGACCAUCGCCGAGAGCAACUGCCCACGGGGGGCCCGCGUGGCUGUGGUCACCUACAACAACGAGGUGACCACAGAGAUCCGGUUUGCGGACUCUAGGAAGAAGUCGGCCCUGCUGGACAGCAUUAAGAACCUCCAGGUGGCCCUGACGUCCAAGCAGCAGAGCCUGGAGACCGCCAUGUCCUUCGUGGCCAGAAACACAUUCAAGCGCGUGAGGAGCGGCUUCCUCAUGAGGAAGGUGGCCGUGUUCUUCAGCAACAGGCCCACGAGGCCAACCCCGCAGCUGCGCGAGGCGGUGCUCAAGCUGUCGGACGCGGGCAUCACACCUCUGUUCCUUACCACCCAGGAGGACCGACAGCUCAUCAACGCUUUGCAGAUCAACAACACAGCGGUGGGACACGCGCUCGUUCUGCCCGCGAGGAGGGACCUCAGUGACUUCCUGAAGAACGUCCUCACAUGCCACGUGUGCUUGGAUAUCUGCAACAUCGACCCAUCCUGUGGCUUUGGCAGCUGGAGGCCUUCCUUCCGGGACAGGAGGGCAGCAGGCAGCGAUGCAGACAUCGACCUGGCUUUCAUCUUGGACAGCUCGGAGACAACCAGCUUGUUCCAGUUCAAUGAGAUGAAGAAGUACAUUGGCUAUGUGGUCAGGCAGCUGGACCUGAGUCCCGACCCCCAAGCCUCCCAGCACCUUGCCAGGGUGGCCACGGUGCAGCACGCACCCUACGAGUCUCUGGGCAAUGCCAGUGCGCCGCCCGUGCAGGUGGAGCUGUCCCUGACAGACUACAGCUCCAAGGAGAAGCUGCUGGACUUCUUGGGCCGCAGAAUGACACAGCUGCAGGGAGCCAGGGCCCUGGGCAGCGCCAUCGAAUACACCAUCCAGAACGUGUUUGAAAGUGCACCACACCCGCGGGACCUGAAGGUCAUGGUGCUGAUGCUCACUGGUGCGGUGCAGGGCGAGCAGCUGGAGGCGGCUCAGAGAGCCAUCCUGCAGGCCAAAUGCAGGGGCUACUUCUUUGUGGUUCUGGGCAUCGGCCAGAAGGUGAACGUCAAGGAGACCUACAGCUUUGCUAGCGAGCCCAACGACGUCUUCUUCAAAUUGGUUGAUAAGUCCACUGAGCUCAACGAGGAGCCGCUGAUGCGCUUUGGGAGGCUCCUGCCAUCCUUCGUGGGCAGUGAGAACGCUUUUUACCUGUCCCCAGACAUCAGGAAGCAGUGUGAUUGGUUCCAAGGGGACCAACCGGCGAAGAAUGGUGUGAAGUUUGGUCACAAACAAGUAAAUGUUCCAAAUAAUGCUACUUCAAGUGUUAUAACCAAGCCAGUGACCACAGUGAGGCCAGUGACCACAACAAAACCGAUGACCACCACAAAAUCAGCAACCAUUGUAAAUCUUCCACCUGCUAAGCCAGGUGCUGCAAACCCAGCUGCCACAAAGCCCGUGGCUGUGAACCCAGCUGCUGCGAAGCCUGUGGCUGUGAGCCCAGCUGCUGCGAAGUCUGUGGCUGUGAACCCAGUUGCUGUGAAGCCUGUGGCUGCCAACCCAGCUGCCACAAAGCCUGUGACUGUGAACCCAGCUGCUGCAAAGCCCGUGGCUGUGAAUCCAGCUGCCACGAAGCCCGUGGCUGUGAACCCAGCUGCCACGAAGCCUGUGGCUGUGAACCCAGCUGCCACGAAGCCUGUGGCUAUGAACCCAGCUGCCGCGAAGCCCGUGGCUGCCAACCCAGCUCCUGCGAAGCCCGUGGCUGCAAACCCAGCUGCUGUGAAACCUGCAGCUGCCCAGACUGUGGCCACAAACACAGGCAGAUCCACUGGGGCAGUGAAGCCAGCAGCUGCAAAGCCGGCAGCAGUGAGACCCCCUCCCCCUCCAGCAAAGCCAGCUUCCACCAAGCCAGAGGCCCCCAGGACACAAGCCAAGGUAGCUGCUGCUACCAAGCCAGAGGCUUUCCGGCCACAGGCCAAACCAGCAGCCCUCAAGCCAGCCGCUGCCAAUCCCAUGGCGAAGCUGGUGCCUGAAAUCCAGGUGUCUGAGGUUACAGAGAACAGUGCCAAGCUCCGCUGGGAGAGGCCCGAGCCCCCCAGCUCUUACUUUUACGACCUCACUGUCACCUCGGCUCAUGACCAGUCCCUGGUUCUCAGGCAGAACCUCACAGUCACCGAGCGAGUCAUCAGCGGCCUGCGGGCUGAACAGACGUACUACGUGGUGGUAGUCUGCUACAUGAGGUCGCAGGUCCGGGCCGUCCUCCGUGGCACCUUCAGCACAAAGAAAGCCCAGCCUCCACCUGCACCACCAGCAAGGCCAGCUUCUAGUUCAAGCAUCAAUCUGAUGGUGAAAACAGAACCCUUGGCCUUUACUGAGACAGACAUAUGCAAGCUGCCCAAAGAUGAGGGGACUUGCAAAGACUAUGUGCUAAAGUGGUACUUUGAUGUGAAGAAGGACGGCUGCUCGAGGUUCUGGUACCGAGGGUGUGGCGGAAACGAAAACAACUUCCACUCCCAGGAGGAGUGUGAGAAGGUCUGCCCUUCCGGCUCUGUGCUCAACAAACCUGGACUCGUCGGUGUGAUAGGAACCUAGGUGUGGCUGGCACAGCACGUACCUCUGGAGAAGAAGGAGGCAGCCCUCGGCGAUGCUCCAUCUUCGUCUCUGUGGAAGAUCCAGGUGGACUCACUGGCUCUGUGCCAUCAUGCUUUGAUUAACACCUGGACCCAGAGGAAGCCUUCUGCCACACGACCUAUCAAUUGGUGCUAAACGUGUCUGUGGACCCUGGCUGUUUGUCUCCAAACAGUUCCAUCGUGUGCUUUGAAUGUUGUGUACUAGGUAGCCACCGCUGGUGUGUAUGUGGAGACCCCCAGCUCCUGCGCCAUCUCGAGUCGUGUUCUGCCUGUUCCAGGCCCUGCAAGUCUAGCAAAAGGCCCCCCGAACCUGCACCUCUGUAUACUUUCGCUUGGUUCUUUCCC